AUGUCAUCACACGUCAGCACUGACGCCAGCGGUGAAAACACUCCCGGCGGUAAACACCGCCCCCCCACAUCUGUCGAGGUGUGUACAGUGCCAGAGUACAUGAGCAAGAGGUUCGGGGGACAGCGUAUACAAGUGUACCUGGCGUUGCUCUCACUCGUCCUCUACAUCUUCACCAAGAUCUCGGUGGACUUGUACUCGGGCUCUCUCUUCAUCAACCAGGCUCUUCACUGGAACAUCUAUUGGUCUAUGAUAAUGUUGCUGGCGUUGACGGCUCUCUUCACCAUGACUGGAGGUCUGGCUGCCGUCAUUUACACCGACACACUCCAGUUCUUCAUUAUGAUCAGCGGCGCCCUCGUCGUCAUGUUCAUAGCCUUCAAAGAGGUGGGUGGGUACGAGGCGUUGCAGUACAGGUACAUGCAAGCUGUACCCAAGUUGAGGUAUGAGAACUCCACCUGCGGGAUCCCGAGGGCGGACUCCUGGAUCAUGCUCAGAGACCCUGUUAACUCAGACUUGCCCUGGCCCGCCUUCCUCCUGGGUCAGACACCUGCUUCUAUCUGGUACUGGUGUGCCGACCAAAUGAUGAUUCAACGAGCACUGGCAGCGAAGAACCUGUCUCAUGCCAAGGGCGCCACACUGUUUGCCGCCUACAUCAAGAUCUUGCCCUUCUUCAUCAUCAUUCUGCCUGGAAUGAUCGCCCGCGCGCUCUUUCCGGAUGAUGUUGCCUGCGUGCUUCCUGAGGAAUGCAUGCGUGCUUGUGGCUCAAAGUCCUCGUGCUACAACUCAGCAUACCCGCGCCUGGUGGUGGGUAUCAUGCCUGCUGGACUGAAGGGCUUCAUGCUAGCCGUCAUGCUGGCAGCUCUAAUGAGUGAUCUCACCUCAAUAUUUAAUUCAGCAUCGACCAUGUUUACUCUGGACCUGUGGCCUCGUAUCCGGCCCAGGGCCAAGACCCGAGAACUGUUGAUCAUUGGCAAACUGUUUAUUGUGGUGCUGGUGGCCGUGUCGGUGGCGUGGGUACCCAUCAUCGAAGAGGUUCAGAGUGGCCAGCUUUUUAUUUACAUUCAGAAGAUCGGGGCCUACCUGGCACCGCCCAUCGCCUGUGUGUACACUAUGGCGGUUCUUUGGAAACGCAUGAACGAACAAGGUGCUUUCUGGGCUCUGAUGUUGGGCCUUGUGGUCGGGGCCAUACGCAUGGCUGUUGACUUUUCCUACCAGCCUCCAGCGUGUUGGGAGCACGAUGACCGACCUCUCUUAGUUCAACUGAACUUCAUGUACUUUGCCAUGUUGCUAUUCUGGGUGACGGCCAUCACUGGUAUGGUGGUGUCCCUUCUGACUGAGCCACCAGAAGAUUACAGGCUGAUCAGAACGAUAUACACAACCCGCUUUGACAAGUCUGAGAGGGAGGACGACGAAGACCCGAGGACUGGCUAUACGGUGGACAUCCCUCUUGAUACUGUGACGAAUGGCGUGACGCAAGAUGAGGCUGGCGAAGGAGUGGUAGAGAACGAGGGCGCCAGCAACAGGUUCCUCCAGUGCAUGAAGAACUCUUUUUCGUGGUUCUGUGGACUGCAGACCACCACACACACCGCAGAUACAAAUGAAAAGGAAACCCAAAUGGUAAACUCCAUUGAGGAAGAACCCCGUACUAAGAUCUUCCUCGAUAUAAACCUGGUGGUGGUGGUGGGGAUAUGCAUUGGCCUCUUUAUAUACUUCACCAUAGAUCCAUUCCCUACUGGCUUCAACCCCAGAGAAUAUAUGUCAACGUUACGGGGAUAGUGAGUUAGGGAGCUACCGUACUGUACUCUGGUGUUAGAGAGCUACCGUACUGUACUCUGGUGUUAGAGAGCUACCGUACUGUACUCUGGUGUUAGAGAGCUACCGUACUGUACUCUGGUAUUAGAGAGCUACCGUACUGUACUCUGGUAUUGUCUCAAAUUUUCAAAAGUUCCUCCUAAGGCUUAAAGACACGAGUGUUCAGUAUUAUCUUUUCAAAUUUAUAUAAUAAGAUGUUUCUUUUAACUAACUUAUUUUCAUAGGUUUCAGAGCUUAGAAUAAAUAAUAAUAAUUAAUAUCUGACUAAUGAGUAAGAGUAACAACAACAACCACAACAAACAGACAACAACCUCAACAGAGCAUUACCUUUCAUCCAAUAGCUAUAUACCUCAUUAAUUCACUUGUACACUAAUAAUAACAUCGCAAAGAUAAGCACAAUUUUAUAUUUUUUCAAUCAAGUUACCAAAGUGAUCUCAUAACCUAACCUAACCUAAGUGAUCUCAUAACCUAACCUAACAUAACAUAGUGAACAAAAACUUUCCUUACAAAUGUGUAAUCAGGUUCCUCUGUUUGUUAAUCCUGUAUCUGACCACGACAUAACCUCAUCGCAUAAAGCAUUACCUUACCUAUAUAACCCCCUGAAUGGAACUGAAAUAGGCUCUCUCCCCCCUGAAUAAAUCUGAAAUAGGCUCUCUCCCCCCUGAAUAAAUCUGAAAUAGGCUCUCUCCCCCUUGAAUAAAUCUGAAAUAGGCUCUCUCCCCCCCUGAAUAAAUCUCAAAUAGGCUCUCUCCCUCUGAAUAAAUCUGAAAUAGGUUCUCUCCCCCUGAAUAAAUCUGAAAUAGACUCUCUCCCCUCCUGAAUAAAUCUGAAAUAGGUUCUCUCCCCCUGAAUAAAUCUGAAAUAGGCUCUCCUCCCUGAAUAAAUCUGAAAUAGGCUCUCCUCCCUGAAUAAAUCUGAAAUAGGCUCUCUCCCCCCCUGAAUAAAUCUGAAAUAGGCUCCGAAUUUCCUUCCAAAUUAACGUGAAGAGUCUUGGGAAUUACCGCCACUCACUGAGUUAGUUAGUGAAUGGGUAGUGGUAUAGGCUGGCUCAAACCACACCAAGGACUAAGUCAAUCAGUUACUUUAAGUCAUGUUUACUGAUCUUGAUGACAUAGGCUUAAAUCACUUCAGACUCAAACGACAGUAGUGUGUGUGUGUGUGUGUGUGUGUGUGUGUGUGUGUGUGUGUGUGUGAUGUUCGUAUAAUUUGCCCCCAAAAUAAAAUAUAAAUGUAUACAAUAAUAUAAACAUUAUGUGAGUAAUAAAUAUUUUAUAAAGUGAGGAGUUGAAUCUCCAUUUUAAUUUAGUGUAAGAUGUUUUGGCACUGGAUAUACUUAUGUUUUGGCACUUGAACAGAUAUUUGAGGGUUGUGUACUGGAGACACCCAGAUAUGACGCAUCAGGUCUUUAAUAAGUUCCUCAAUAGUUCAUUAUGGUGGCUUGUACACCUUGUUAUUGUCUUAUAUAUUAUUGUUUAUUUUAAUGUGUUGUGUCUGUUAUUGUUUUUUAUUAUAUGCAACUAUUGUGGACAUCUAUAAAUAAAUAAAGAUAAUUAAUAUUCAGAACAAAAUCAGACCUUAGCACAUGUGUAUUUAUAUGCGUAUUUAUACAAGCACAGAACAUUGAGUCUUCUUCUGCAACUAACGAAUUUAUAAAAGAAAAAUGAAAGUAUUAUCUUACAAAAAAUAAUAAUCAUAUAAAUCGA